ACAAUAAUAUCCUUUCCCAAAAUCCUGGGUUUAACUCCUCCCUCCGCCGUUGUUCCCUCACCGCCACCGGAAACACAAACACACCCAACACCUUCCUCUAAAUCACUUCACCACCGAAUGAUGUCUCAAGCAAUAGCAAAAGCAUCUCAAACCGCUAGUCAUCUAUACAAGAAUACAUACAUGAUGGGUAAUCAACAGAGUAGUGCUUGGGGUAACUUACAGAGUAAUGGGAUGAAUUGUACUCAACCGGAUGAAGACGGUGGGACGAUUGAGGAGUUUGAUGCGUUGUGCAAGGAGGGGAAGUUAAAGGAAGCAGUGGAGGUUUUGGGUUUGCUUGAGCGGAAUAAUGUUUCGGUUGAUAUGGAUAGGUAUUUGUUUUUGAUGAACGAGUGUGGUGAGGCGCAGGCGCUUGAAGAAGCUAAACGUGUUCAUGAGCAUGUUGUGAGAUUGAAAUCGUGUCUUGAUGUUACAGUUUGGAAUAAAGUGUUGGAGAUGUAUGUGAAAUGUGGGUCUAUGGAAGGUGCGUACAAGGUGUUUGAUAAAAUGUCGCAGACUUCGUGGGAUACGAUGAUAACGUGGCUUGCUAAAAAUGGUCAUGGGGAAGAUGCGAUUGAUAUGUUUGCUGAGUUUAAAAAGAUUGGGUUGAAGCCGGACAAUCAGAUGUUUUUUGGUGUGUUUAGUGCUUGUAGUGUGUUAGGAGACAUGAGGGAGGGGUUGUUACACUUUGAGUCGAUGAGCAAGAUUUACAACAUUACUCCAUCCAUCAAUCAUUACAGGAGUGUUGUUGAUAUGCUCGGGAGUGCGGGAUAUUUAAAUGAAGCACUGGAGUUUAUUGAAAAUAUGCCCAUAGAGCCAAGUGUUGAAGUUUGGGAAACUAUGAUGAAUCAAUGUCGGAUUCACGGGGAUACAGAGCUUGGAGAUCGUUGUCUUGAGCUUCUAGAUCCUUCUCGUUUGGAUGAACAAUCAAAAGCAGGGCUUAUACCAGUAAAGGCUUCAGACAUCGCGAAGGAAAAAGAAAAAAAGAGGCUCGAGAUUAAAACCAAAGUCUACGAGUAUAGAGCAGGAGAUACUUCUCACCCCGAGCACGAGAAACUAUAUAGUCAGCUUAGGUGUUUAAAACAACCCAUGAAAGAGGCCGGGUAUGUUCCUGAGACUAAGUUUGUUCUUCACGACAUAGACCAAGAAAGCAAGGAGGAAGCGCUUUUAUCACAUAGCGAAAGGCUUGCUUUAUCUCAGGCCCUUUCGACCAGCCCGGCCCGUUCACCGAUACGAAUAAUAAAAAACCUUCGUGUUUGUGGUGAUUGCCACAAUGCACUAAAGAUUAUUUCUAAGCUCGUUGGAAGACUAAUCGUCGCACGUGAUGCCAAGAGGUUUCACCAUUUUGAAAAUGGAGUAUGUUCUUGUGGAGAUUAUUGGUGACAAUUCACCUUUUACCAUCAACCCGCUUUUUUUUUCGGUUCAUCAUGUAUGAUUAUUAACUUAUUUAUAUGAUAUGUUCUGAAAAAAAAAACUUAGGGAAUGAUAUUGGUUCACAUUUUUCUCCUUAUAUACUACUAUGCAUCAUUUUUCUGAGUAA